CAGAGAGCACAGGGUGAGGACUUCGUACAAAAAAGUAAGUCAAAGUUAUUGCUCAAACAUGCAUGUUAUAUAGACAAAUAUAUAAGUAUAGACCUAUUGUAUAGUAAGAAUUUACAUCGUGAAGAAAUCAUCCAUGUUUGUUUCUAAAGUACCUUUCUAAACAUUACCUAAGCUUUUUUAUGGUAUACUCAGUUUUUGCGAUAAUGUACUGCAAUUUAAUAGGUUUGUCUACUUUCUUGAGUCGAAAGACGGAAUUUUCUAUUCGGCACCAGGCGACAGCCCAACCCGGCUUGAUACAUGUUAAGAAGCUUUGUUAAUUUUUCAUUAUGGGGUUUAUGUUUUUUUUCACAGAAAGAUGUUUAACCGCUUUGUUUUAACAACCACUCUAAUUCUAGCAGGUAAAUUGUCAAUCAAUUUAUACAAGUCCGGCAUAGUUCAUCUGCAGUGUUCCCAGAAAGAACUCUUCUGCAUUACAAUAAGUUUAUAUAGUGUCAGCCCCCUUCAUGUGCUGAUUCAAAUAUAUCUUUAACAUUAGAUUCGAUGCACUUGAUUGACUUGCAACGUGCCUGACCUUCGUCACAAUAUUAUAGUGGUAGCCGUAACAACAUUUUGACUUUUAUUGUUUAGGGUUGAUCGCUGUGACGACAGCACAACAGCGAUCGUGUCAAAAUGAUGGAGUGAUCGUGGGCCAGGAUCGUCAUCCAAAAUGCCAAUGCAGCCCCGGCUUCAAGGGAUAUGACUGCAGUCUGAGAGGCAAGAGGCUUAAGAUACGAGAGUUUAAUGAUGUUUGAGUAUUGAGUUGCCACAGCUUAAAUACACAAUGGCGUGCUGGCAGGGCCGGAGGGCAGGUAUCCCCCCUCCCCCCAUUGAAACGAAACCAACAUUGUCAAUUCCACUUAAACAAUGGGCGAAUCAGUAAAGAAAAAUCCCUUCCCCCGUCGACCAACAACGAUGGGCGGAUGUAAGCCUUAUACUUAGCUUUUGCCGAAAAAUGGGUGAAUAUAUUGAGGAACUUUUUCAUCUUGUCUCUAGUGACUCCUUGUGAAGCAAGUCCUUGUAGAAAUGAAGGAUCGUGUUCAGAAAACAGAGAUGGAACAUUUACAUGUAAUUGUACAGCUUUAUACAAUGGCAUCUUGUGUGAACAUCGUGGUAAGUAAGAGGUUUAAAUUUUUAUACGACGAAGCUUACACCCUAAUAGAAUAUUUUUCUUCCAGUUCGACCAUGUGACAGUGGACCCUGCAAAAAUGGAGGAAAUUGUACUGAUGAUGGAAUAAAUUGUUUCCAAUGUGAAUGUCCCCCUGGUUUCAAGGGAUCUGACUGUUCUGAAAUUGGUAAGAUCGAUACAAGAUUAGUAUUGAGGAUGGGGGAUAUACCAGAAUACUAAUAUGCUCGGUUAUAGUUUUGGGAUAUCAAAAACUCUAAUGCUAAAAACUGUAACCCUCGGUUUUAAAGAACCACUACAGUUUUAAAAGACCAUGAUUGCUAUAGGAAGUUUUAUUGGUGAUCAUUAAUUAAAACUGUCGUUAAUGUUUACACAUUCAUCGAAACACAGUACUUUUUCGGGAUGUGUAAAAGAACAAAUAAUGCAUGUAUAAUUUAUCUCAAUAAGUAUUGCGAUUGCCCGGUAUUCAUCGGCCAAGAGUCAAUGCCGACGAUACUGAAAGGUCAUCAAUGCAUGCUAUAUUAUAUGGUAUAAUGCUGUAUAGUAUAAUUCAUAAUGUCAUAUUGAGAUAGCUACGCCUGAGCCAGUGCGCUCUUGUUUUGAAUAUUAAUUAGGAAUGAUGUUUUUUUAUUUAGUUCAACCAUGUGAAAUUAAACCCUGCAAGAACAAUGGUGUUUGUGUUAAUAAAAAAGGAGGAAAAUUUACAUGCAAGUGUAAAGAGGGAUUUGGAGGAACAUUUUGUGAUAGAAGAGGUAGGUCUGUUCCAGCAGGUCAAUGUGUUCUUUAAAUAACUAUAGCAAUUGCACUGAAUAUUCCGUCCAGUCUUUAUCCAAUGAUCGGGAUGCCCCAUUAUCGUUUCUUCAAAAAUCACUUAUUAUUACACUUUAUUAUAUGGCAAGCACUUCCGGUGAAAUGGCAAACUGUGAUUGGCUGAGAAGCACUUUCAGCGAUCCAUUAUUUUCCCGUAUUCUCCGGCGGUCCAUUACGUAAAAACAAACGCAAAAAAAACAGGAAAACUAAUUGAAAAUUUGAAAAUUAUUAUUUAAUUUGUUAUUAAUAAGAUAUCGGCGAAUGGUUUUUAGUGAAAAAGAAGGAAUACUGAUUAGUAUUUUUUGUUUUCUUCGACCAAAUGUGUACCAUGCUACUAUUAAAUAUGCAUUUCAAAUCAUAAGAAUUUAGUAUUGCAGUUUGAGUGCACACGAAACAACUAGAAUUUAAGGUUGACAUGAUCCUACUGCAUGUAUAAGUUAUAGCCAAUAAGUUACAUUCACGAAAAUUCGAUAAUGGUCUAUUCCUAAAUAACAAUAUAAUUACCCUGAAAUGCCAUCAGAAGAUGAUCAUAAGUAUGUUUAAGGUGAUUUAGUGUUUUGUAUUCAAAUUAUUUUUUCUGAUGUAAGCUUGAGGGCGAUUGAUAUUAUUUGUCACAUUAUUUAUGAUAUGCAUUAUUUGUCACAAUAUUUAUUUGUCACAAUAUAAUUAUUUGACAUUAUUUGUCACAAUUUGUCACAAUAAUGAUAUGCAUUAUUUGUCACAGAUGGUCUGUAUGGCUCAGAAAUUUUGAAUCAGCAGCAAAACUACAUUGUUCAGUUGGAGAAAUGGAUUGGUGGCGCAAAGUCGUGGAAGUUAUGUUACCGUGCUACGGAUAAUGGUUGGGCAUCAUCUACCUUCCAUUCUCGGUGUGAUUCUAAGAAACCGACUGUCACCAUCAUCCGUUCUGGAUCCUACAUCUUUGGCGCAUACAGCGAUGUAGCUUUUGGGGGUUAGUUUAUAAUUGAAUUUUUUGUUUAUUUUGAAAUAAAAAGCAUGUAUGAUUCAAGCAAUAUAAAGAUUAAAAUUACGCUCGCGCGAUCGAUCUCGCUCUUUCUUGAAACAUUUUGAUCCGCAAAAUUACUCGAAGUUACAAUCAUUUUGGAUUAACAUUUACUCCAAUAAAAUCAGUGAAAAUUCCUUUAGUCAGUUACUCGUAUUUUAAAUUUCAUUCCUAACUCAACUUUUGAUCAGUGGCUGUCGGUAUGACUGAGACGUUGCAUAUAGCUCAGAAAUAUCAAUGCAUUUCAUGAGUUAUAACUUUCUUUGCUUUUCAUUUUACUUUAGGUUCGUCAGGUUACAGAACUAGUUCCAAUGCAUUUAUCUUCUCCUUCGUGAAUAAAGACAACCUCUCACCCUUUAAAUCUCCUGUCUACAGAAACAGUGGAAAUGCUUUAUACACUAGUUCUAGUUAUGGUCCCACAUUUGGUGCUGGUCAUGAUAUUUAUAUUGCAAAUAAUGCCAAUGCAAAUACUGGUUCCUACGCAAACCUUGGCCAUGCUUAUCGACCACCAAGCGGGUAUUCCUACACCUCAACCAAGACCAGGAAUCUUCUCGCUGGCACUCGGAAUUUCACACCCAACGAAGUUGAAACAUUUUAUUUUAAUUAACUUUUGAUUAAAUUUUCAAGACGUAGAAUUUGCAUUUAUAGAAACACAGUAAGAUAGAAAAUAACGCAAAUGAAUGCACUGCAUGCACAUUAAUUUAGUGAAAUACAUUAGUGAAAUUUAAUACGAGUACUGCCAAGUGUACGAGUAUAUACUUUGUAUAAUUUGAAUGAAUAAUAAUCAUUG